GUUAUGCUAAAUAAAUAAAACCCCUGAAAUGGGAAAAACCCUUUCUUCACUUCAGUGUGCUUUUUCCAUCUCAUUGGAUUUCACUCUCUCUACCCUGAAUUGAAGAAAAAGAAAGAGGAAAGAUGGUGGUGAGAUUAAGAUUAUCAAGAUUGGGAUGCAAGAACAAGCCUUUUUACAGAGUCAUGGCAGCUGAUAGCAGAUCUCCUCGUGAUGGCAAGCACUUGGAAGUUCUUGGUUACUACAAUCCUUUACCAGGUCAAGAUGGUGGUAAACGAAUGGGUCUUAACUUCGAUAGAGUGAAGUAUUGGCUCUCAGUUGGAGCUCAGCCUUCAGAUCCUGUUCAGCGCCUUCUGUUCAGGGCUGGUGUGUUACCUCCUCCACCGAUGUUGGCAAUGGGACGUAAAGGUGGGCCAAGAGACACCAGGCCAAUCGAUCCCAUGACUGGACGGUAUUUGACAGCAGAGAACCCAACCAAAAGUGAUCAAUCUAAAGAUGGUGGUGAAGACACCGCGGCAACCUCCUGAAGUUUAUGGAUUAUGUCAUGUUGUGGGUGCAUGAAAGAAAACAUUCCGGAAUCUUAAAAAAUCUCCUGCAAGCCCUCCUAAUACGAGAUUGACAUUGGAAUAUUAUGAGUUGCUCUUAGAUGGCAAGACUUUAUUUUAUAUUAACAUUAUUGUGUUGAUCGCUUACGAUUUGGGAAGAAACGCUAGAUCAUGUAGCGUUUUAUUAUGUUAACUCGAGUUUUUUUUAACCCUAACAGAAUGUUACAUGAACCAGCGUUCUGUUUUUUUUAACUUUAACCCAAACAGAAUGUUAGAUAAUGUAGCGUUUUUGAUGAAUAUAUUAGACGUUACACAAUGUAGCGUUAAUUUAUGGUAUUCGGGGCUUUUUUU